AUGGACGUGGAAUUGGAGACAGAACGUCCGAAUGCAGCACUAUCGCUGGGAGCCUUUGUUUCGUUUUGCGUGUUUACAUUUGAAACAGCUCUCGCAAUCAUCUGCAUGAUCCUUGCAUCGCCAGCGCUAGUUGGUGUCACCAGUUUUUUCCUUUUUGUCGUAUCGACGGCCUUCAUAGCUACUAUUCUAUGGACCUUCAUCUACCUUUUCUCAAUACGCGAGGCUCUCAAGCUUCCCAUCAAUUGGAUUCUUUCGGAACUCAUCAAUACCGGUAUCUUCACCAUAGCGUACGCGAUUGCUUUCAUCGCUCAGCUUUCCCUGUGGGGAGGAGUAAUAGGAGCAAAUGGGAAAGGAGCUAAUAUCGCUGCAGGGGUAUUCGGGAUAAUCAAUUGUAUUGCGUACGGGGUGGGGACGUACUUCCUCUACAUAGAAUGGCAGAGUUCCAACACGCAGUAA